AACUGAAGCAGCGAUGGGGUUACGGGCGAGUAUCGUUGUCUGUGUGACCAGUUUUCUUCUCGGCCAGCUCUUCACUCACUGGAUUGCCGACGCCCUCACCCUCUGGAAAUCCCCAGUCACUGACGAAAACCUAUGGAUCGCUGCAGCCUAUUACUCUAUUCUCACAAAGGCGCCCGUUGAGAUGUACUACGCCAUGGCUCUCACCGUUCUCACCGGUGCAGUCACUAUCCUCCUCAGCCUCAGAGACGGCGAGGCCGGAAAUCUUAUGUUCGACGGCGGGAGUAUAUUUUUGUUUGGCACCACGAUAGCCAUGUACCUAUACUCUGUGAUACCAGUCGUAUAUUCUAGCUUCACCUCCCUGCCUUCCCACGAACUCACCGACGCCUUCCCUGUCUUCCUCCGCGGCGCUACCCUCGACCUGGCGUCGAGCAACCUCAUCUGCAGCGUCGCCCUCACCGGUGUCCUUGCCCUCCAAGCAGGCAGAUUCUGGGCAGAGACAUACGAUGUCGACACAGAGGUUGCCGCAGAAAGUGACACAGAAGGAACACGCUCUCGUGCAAAAACACCCAUCCCAGUUCCCAAUUAACGAACAAUCAUCUUUUUAAAAUUUUAUGGCACGACUUUGGAUGUAUUAUUGGAGUGCUCUCAUCACUAUAAUAUACGGUGGAUAUCUGCUAUCAUUCCGUCCUUCCUAGAACUCGUUACCCCGAAUGUUUGUUUGUGCCUUGUUUCUGCUUCUCACACGUCGCGUCUAGGCUUGACCAUUAUAGGAUACUACAGCAGUAUUACUUGAAUACAUAAGUA